UUUUUUUGCAUGAAACAAAACACAUUCUAUUUCUUUUGCAAGUCUUACUUGGGGUGCUUAUUUCUCUUUUAACAUAUUGGGUUUGAGUGGGAGGUCAGCUCUGGAUUGCAGGUUCCUCAAAACCCAGAAGUGUUGUAGGUAUGCAGAAAGUGCUGUCUUCCUCUUCGAUUUCUUCUGCCCCGAAAGAAGCUUCACACAAUGAUGAACUCUUCAUGAAGCAGAGGGUGCUCUUCUCAGAGAAUCUGAAUGAGCUGACGAAUCUGAGGAAACAGUUGUACUCAGCAGCCGAAUAUUUCGAAAUAUCUUACAGCAAAGAGGACCAGAAACAACUUGUGGUGGAGACCUUGAAAGAUUAUGUCAUCAAAGCUGUUAUCAAUACAGUUGACCACUUGGGUUCAGUGGCAUAUAAAGUCAAUGGAUUUUUGGAUGACAAAGUCAGUGAGGUUUCAGAAACUGAGCUUAGACUCUCUAGCUUUGAACAGCGACUGAGGACAUGCCGAGACUUCAGCAAUCAAGGAGGCUUAUUCCAACAUUCAUUUGCCAUAAACUUUCCUAAGCACCAUAAGCGAUACAUCUUGCCAGGUGGAGCAACAACUCAAACAGUGGGUCAGUCUGCAUUGAUAUAUCAUCACAGAAAUUUAUCUGGGACUAAUACUGCCACAACUAGGGAGACCUCUCCAACAGUUGUCAGUGAAGAGUAUUCACUAACGCAUUCUCCACAAUCUUCACCUGGAGCAUUUCAGUUUGCAAGAAUCGGAUCCAUACAUGAGAAACGAAGUGUCUCACCGCUUAAGUUUCCAAUUUUACGGUGUGGCUCUGUUGUAAAGAGAUCAAGCACUCUGAACUCUUCUUCUACUGCUAAACUGCGGUACCCAUCGGAGCCUCGGACUAGGAGAUCAGCUUCAUUUCAUAACGAAAGAGACACUGAAGUGGAAUCAAGCAAAAACAAGAAAUUCUAUAAAGCCUUAUUGAGCAUGGGCAAAUCUAGAAAUGAUAAGGCAUUGUACAAAUACUUGGAUAAGAAUUAGAACAACAAAACACAGCAGUAUAAGCCUAUCUUUGCUUUUCACUUUCAGUUUUCUCUUUUCUACUUGUGUCUUGCUAGCGAGUUUUAAAUCAUUCAGCAUUGAUGGUUUUU